AUGGCGGAACCCUCCGACGCGGCGGCGGCAGCCGUAUCUGCGCGGCUCCUGGAGCUCGCGGCCGACGACGACUCCGCUGCGCUCGGGGACCUCCUCGCGGCACACCCGUCGCUUGCUGACGAGCCUUCGCCGUGGUACUCCCCGGCGCGCGGCGCGGAGCCUAUGACCCCGCUCAUGGUCGCGGCGGCGUACGGGUCAGUGGCCUGCAUCGAUGUCCUACUCUCGCCGCCCCACCUGGCCGACCCCAACCGCGCCUCACCGUCGUCUCUCUCCACCGCGCUCCACCUCGCCGCCGGCGGCGGCGCCUCCACUGCGCCGGCUGCGGUAUCCCGUCUCCUAGCUGCUGGCGCCGACCCCACGCUGCUCGACCACCUCCAUCGCCGGCCGUCGGACCUCGUCGCCCUCCCACCCAACUCGCUCCCGCUCAAGAACCACCUCCUCUCCCUCCUCGGAGGGCGCAAGGAGUGGCCGCCGGAUCCCUCCCUCCCCGACAUCAAGAACGGCGCCUACGCCUCCGACGACUUCCGCAUGUACUCCUUCAAGGUGCGCGCGUGCUCGCGCGCCUACUCCCACGACUGGACCGAGUGCCCCUUCGUCCACCCCGGCGAGAACGCGCGGCGGCGGGACCCGCGCAAGUACCACUACAGCUGCGUGCCCUGCCCGGAGUUCAAGAAGGGGGCGGGGUGCCGGAGGGGCGACAUGUGCGAGUACGCGCACGGGGUGUUCGAGAGCUGGCUCCACCCGGCGCAGUACCGGACGCGGCUCUGCAAGGACGGCGUCGGCUGCGCGCGGCGCGUCUGCUUCUUCGCGCACACGCCUGAGGAGCUCCGCCCACUGUAUGUGUCGUCGGCGGGGUCGCGCAGCGCGAUGGAGAUGGCAGCGGCGAUGGGAAUGGGGCUGCCGUCGCCGGGUGCGUCGUUCACGCCGCCGCUCUCGCCUUCCGGCGGGGGGAGCGGCGUGGCCGGCGCGUGGCCGCAGCCCAACGUGCCCGCGCUGUGCCUCCCCGGGAGCGCGGGGAACCUUCACCUGAGCCGGCUGCGCACUUCGCUGAGCGCGCGCAGCAUGGCUGUGGACGAGCUGCUCGCCUCAGCGGAUUACGACGGGCUCGUCGUGUCGCCAGCCUCUGUGCGGUCAGCGAGGGGAAAGACGCUCGUACCGUCCAAUCUUGACGAUCUGUUCUCCGCGGAGAUGGCAGGCGCCGCGCCAUCUCAGUCGCCUCGGUACGCAGACCAGGGCGGCUCAGCUUUCUCGCCGACGCGUAAGGCCGCCAUGCUGAACCAGUUUCAGCAGCAGCAGAGUUUGCUGUCUCCUCGGGCCACAGUUAUCCCUGAGCCAGUGUCUCCGAUGAGCUCCAGGCUGCUCGCGGCCCUUGCGCAGCGGGAGAAGAUGCAGCAGCAGACGCUGAGAAGCAUGAGCUCUCGUGACCUUGUCUCCGGCGCCUCCGUCCUGGUUGGCUCACCGGUUACGUCCAGCUGGUCCAAAUGGGGAAUCCCCUCGAGCACACCAGAUUGGGGUGCUGACGACGAGGAACUUGGCCGCCUCAAGCGAUCCUCGUCCUUUGAGCUUCGGAGUGGUGCCAACGGUGAUGAGCCGGACCUCUCAUGGGUCAAUACCCUCGUGAAGGAGCCAUCGCCAGAGAAGCCAUCCAUCAACCGGACAACGGCAAAGGAGUCCAUUGCUUCUUUGAGUCAGGCCGCAAGUCAUGAGGAUAUCGGCGGUGAGGAUGACACUGCCGGGGUCAUCGGUGGCUGGCUUGAACAGCUCCAGCUGGAUGAGAUGGUAGUCUAG